AUGAAGCCUUCUUCAAUUCUCCUCCUCGCGGCCGCUGGCCUCUCAUCGGCUAUGCCAACCCAGCCUUUCACCAAGGACACCGCCGUCCACAAGGCCCGCGACACCCGCUCCCUCUUCGGCCACGCCAUCCACGGCCUUGGAGCCCGGAAUCUGGUCCCCCUCAACGCCAACACGGCCGCUCCCCCUCCUGCCGCGCAGCCCGAUGUCAUGCAGGAAGUUCCCGCGCCUACUGAAAAGAAGGCUGACGAUGCUGCCGCUGCUACCACCACUACUGCCGCUGCCGCCACUACUACUGCCGCUGCUGCCACCGAGGUUGCCGCCACUACUGAGGCCGUUGCCACAGAGGCUGCUACGACCACUGCUGCGGCCACCGAGGCUGCCACCACGACGGAAGCUGCUACAACUACGGCGCCUCCGGCUCUGGAGACUGGAUCCGUGGCCAUCGGCAACGGAACUGCAGGCGACAACGGCAAGGGCAAGGGCAAAGGCAACGGCAAAGGUGACGGCAAAGGUGACGGUAACAACAAUGGCAAAGGCAACGGCAGAGGCAACGGAAACAAGAACAAGGGCAACAAGAAUAACAACAACAACAACAACAAUGAUAACGGCCUCGGCUCCUUCAUCAGCGGCGCCCUCUCCCAGCUCGGUCUCGACGGGGUCCUCGACGCCGGCGCCAUUGACAAGCUGAGCGCGGGCGACCAGAUUUCCCUGCUCGCGCAGAUUGUGUCCCUGCAGACGAUGAAGGACCUGCAGAUGGUGGGCGGGAAGGAUAUUGUCGUUGUGCUGAAUCAGGGGUUCAAGAGCUCUGGGCUCAAUGUUGUUAUCAACGCGUAG